AUGGAAGCUGAAAGCGAUGGAGCAAGUGACGAGCUGCCACUACCAGCACCCACAAGGAGCAAGAUCCAAGCGAGCUUUUUGAUCGCACGACCACCACCUAAAUCGUCACUUUGCCUGACCCGUAAACUCUUACUACAAUUUCAACAACUCACAAACAAAGACCGACCACGUCCAGUCAUGGAAAUAUGGCAGCCAUCAAUUCGCAAAUCGAAAUUGACGCGCGAUUUCCACCAGCGUCCUAAGCUGAGGUCAGGCGACAGCUAUGCAACCUACGACGAGCCCUACACCGUCAGUUCGCGUAAUCUAGGCAAACAACUUGGAAUAUCAGCGAAACAGCAUGAGAAGCAUCCAGCUCUGCACAAGAAAGAUCCCGUGGCCGUGAUGUGCCAUUCAACGUGCGAUAAGGCGCAAGCAUCGACGAUAAGCUUUCGCAAUGAGCAAUGUACUUGGUGGGUCAGUACACAUUCAGCAGGUCAUGCAAAACCCGAAAUGCGUUACCGAUUUACUAUCAAAGAUGAUCAUAGUAGUGAGGGAUUGAGCCGGAGUAUGAGCAUGCAAUGGGAGAAGCGACUUUCCGAUGGUGGGGAUAGUGCGUUGGUAGAAGACGAAUGCAAGUGGGGAUAUUUCGCGCUCUGCUUCAUUGACCACGAAGCACGGCGCAAAAGUCGCAUUGCUACCAUGACUGAAUCAAGGUUGGAUAUCCGGAUUCGUAAGAGCUCUAUCAUAGAGCAGCUUCAGACGUGUAUGGAUUUGACGAGAUCACCUGUUAACGGCUGUGAAUAUUCUGAGAGUUUAGAAGCCCAGUUAUACACACAUGUUCUUACUAUGGGGGCAUUGGUUGCCGACCGAGAAGGAUGGCUCAAUCAUCCUUGA